AUGACUAAGCAACAACAAUAUUCCAAGAUCCCGGACCUAGAUGUAAGACUCAAUAACAGAUCAGGUCCUGAACCAAGAUCUGUAAGACUCAAUAACAGAUCAGGUCCUGAACCAAGAUCUGUAAGACUCAAUAACAGAUCAGGUCCUGAACCAAGAUCUGUAAGACUCAAUAACAGAUCAGGUCCUGAACCAAGAUCUGUAAGACUCAAUAACAGAUCAGGUCCUGAACCAAGAUCUGUAAGACUCAAUAACAGAUCAGGUCCUGAACCAAGAUCUGUAAGACUCAAUAACAGAUCAGGUCCUGAACCAAGAUCUGUAAGACUCAAUAACAGAUCAGGUCCUGAACCAAGAUCUGUAAGACUCAAUAACAGAUCAGGUCCUGAACCAAGAUCUGUAAGACUCAAUAACAGAUCAGGUCCUGAACCAAGAUCUGUAAGACUCAAUAACAGAUCAGGUCCUGAACCAAGAUCUGUAAGACUCAAUAACAGAUCAGGUCCUGAACCAAGAUCUGUAAGACUCAAUAACAGAUCAGGUCCUGAACCAAGAUCUGUAAGACUCAAUAACAGAUCAGGUCCUGAACCAAGAUCUGUAAGACUCAAUAACAGAUCAGGUCCUGAACCAAGAUCUGUAAGACUCAAUAACAGAUCAGGUCCUGAACCAAGAUCUGUAAGACUCAAUAACAGAUCAGGUCCUGAACCAAGAUCUGUAAGACUCAAUAACAGAUCAGGUCCUGAACCAAGAUCUGUAAGACUCAAUAACAGAUCAGGUCCUGAACCAAGAUCUGUAAGACUCAAUAACAGAUCAGGUCCUGAACCAAGAUCUGUAAGACUCAAUAACAGAUCAGGUCCCAGACCUGGACUUUUAAGACUCAAUAACAGAUCAGGACCCGGACCGAGAUCUUUAGGUAAUUAA